AUGUCCUCCAUGUCACAAACUUCUGUGAUCACUACGUCACUUCACCUACAAGCGGUUGAAGACAGUCCGGAAACCGUAGGCAGAGCAGCAGACCCUAGCGACAAUGCUGUCCAGGAUCAGGACGACGGUGCAUUCCUGACAUCAAACGGUCAGCCGACCGGACAAGAGCCCAAUGUCAAUCCUCAGUGGUGGCCUGAGCAUGAGCAUCGUCGCGUGCCUCUUUAUCAAUCCGCUGUCACUCAUCCACACUGGUACGCGAUCGGUGGCGAUACCGCGGCGAUCCGAUGGUUCAUGUGGACUAUGUUCAGCGGAUGUCAAAUCCUCCAACACGCCUAUUCCGUCCCACGAUUCUUGGGUUUCCACAAGUAUCGCAAGUUACAAUACAAGAUUGCCAAUGAGUGGUAG